CUCUCUCUCUCUCUCUCUCUAAGCUCAGCCACUACUGAUUCCUCAACCUGUACCAGAAGGAUGGAAUGUGGCAACAGGGUAUAGCUGAUUCUGAUCCUUUUUAGGUUUAGAAUCAAUGAUUAAGGAAAGGUAGGGAUUGAGGAGGAAAUUCUGGAGAAAAAUGAGUGUUACUUUGACUGUAAUGACCUUCAAUCUCCAUGACGAUCAACCACCAGAGAGUUCAAAUUCAUGGGAGAAGAGGAGGGAUUUGUGUAUCAGUGUCCUCACUAGCUAUUCUCCAGCGAUUCUCUGCACUCAGCAAGGUGUGAAAUCUCAGUUGGAGUUUCUUCAGCAGGGCUUGCCUGGCUAUGAGAAAUUUGGAAUUUCAAGAAAAGGAUCCCAUGACGAUUCAGAUGAACACUGCACAAUCUUUUAUGACAAGGAGAAGGUAGAGCUGUUAGAAGGUGGCACGUUUUGGUUGUCGGAAUCACCUUCUGUCCCAGGAAGCGUGUCGUGGGGUUCGAUUGCUCCGCAUAUUGCGACAUGGGCGACAUUCCAACUGAAAGGAGUCGAGCCUCCUGGGUUCUCGUUUCAGAUAGUAAACACAAACAUGGACGAGCUCAACCCCCGUGCUCGUAGGCGAAGUGCUUUGCUUACAUGGCAGCACAUUGCAUCCUUACCUCCUAGCUUGCCAGUUAUAUAUUGUGGAGGUUUCAACACGGAAAAGGAAUCGACUACGGGUCGUUUUCUUCUUGGGAGAUCGAGCAGAGAAAAGGGUGCAGUGGGGGACAUGAGAGAUACAUGGGCAAUCGCUCGGGCGAGGAAGAACGUUUCUCUCAUUCGAACCUAUCAUGGUUUCAAAGGUGACAAACAGGGAGCUUUCGAGUUUUUCAAGCUGAUUCUACGAGCGCUUUGCCUUUGCUGGGAUCGCCAGACUCAAGAUCUACAUGUAGAUUGGAUUCUUUUCAGAGGUAGAUCUUUGAUCCCUGUCCUGUGUGAAGUGGUGAAUGAUAAUAUCGACGGGUUCUACCCGUCGUCUCACUACCCUUUGUUUGCCGAAUUCAUGCUUCCUCGUACCGUCAGAAUGCUUGAAACAACAACUCAAGAGUAACACUUGAUCACCAAUCUGUCAUAACUCAGAAUUUCCCAUUUUUCCCUGUUUAAGCUCCAAAUGAUCUGUUCAUUGGUGUUAGAAGAAGAUGUUUAUAUCAGCAAGUUCUCUGUACUGUUUUACACUGUAUGAUAAUCUUCAAAUGACACUUGAACUGCUUCAAAAUUGCUUCUGAGAAUCUCAAAGUUGUAUCGAAUGUUCUUCCAU